GGCGAAUUAAAGGACAUGGCUGGUUCUUACGUCGAGGCCAGAAAGCCUUACGCACCACUCGAGUUCACAGCAGCAGCAGCCAUCACCACCACCACCACCAUCACCACCAGCACACGAUGACCAAGUCACUGAGGGAUCGACUCAUCGGGGCGUGGGACCUGAUAGAGUACUGCGCGUAUCUGCCGGACGACGAAGACGACAAGGUGUACCCGAUGGGACCGGACGCCAAGGGCAUCAUCAUGUAUACGCCGGACGGGUACAUGUCGGCGCAGCUGCUGACGCCAGGGCAGCCGAAGUUCGACACGGCCAAGGGCAGCGAGGCCGAGUGGGCGCGGGCGGGGAAGAACUACGUCGCGUACACGGGGCCGUUCUACCUGGACGAGGAGGGCGACGACGCCGGCCCGCUGCUGCUUCACCACAUGCGCACGUCGAGCCUGCCCUACCUCGUCGGCGACACGCAGAGGAGGCUCGUCGCCAUCCGCGACGAGCCCGACGGCACCUACCUCGUCCUCAGCCUGAAGGGCACGAUGAAGGUGGCCGGCCAGGACCGCUUGAUCAGGGUCAGGUGGAGGCGGCUCCCAGACAACCAGGCGACCGCGCCGCCGAACGCGAGCCGGUAG